GAUCACCUGCAACACGGUUACAAGAGGAUACUUUAUCGACUCAACGGGUGACUUUUAAUUUGCCUACUAUUAACAAAGUGAUGGUAUUUUGCCUUAAACAUGGAAAUGUUUAAUUACCCAGUGUUCUUCGAGCUGGACAAUUUUGAUCCAGUACAAAAAGAAAAGACAGAAAAGUACUUUAAGGUUCGUCGGAAGUCUGGUGGUGGAGACUGCAGCUCUAUAAACCAAGUUCGUGAUAACGUUUACAAGAUUGCAUUUAAAGACCGGGCAGCCCAGGAGAGAGUACUUCAGAAAGCCCAUCAUGUGUUGGAGCUACCUGGGGGAACUCGCUCUCUCAAAGUAAGAGGCAGCCUGGAUCCUUCAACCACAACACACUGCUCUGACAUCGGACAGUUGGCAUCACCACCUGAUGGCCCAGAGCAUGAACUUCAUCUAGAUUCUUACCUCCUGCGCUACCUAAAGGAGAGCCCUGGGGCUGGACGAGACCUUCAGCAAAAGCUGUCCUCUUUGCGCUGCUCUGUCCAGCUCCUUUCAGAGGAGGGGAGAGCAGUAGUUAGAGGCUCAGGCCAAGCUGAGUCAUGCAGAGCUGGGGUUGAGGAUGGUAUUGAGCUGGGACGAUGGAAGUUAGAGGUAGAGAAACUGUUUGAACAGCUCGUGGACCGGUACAAAUGCCACUAUGAAGUAGACCCACGUAAGGUCCACACUCUGCUGCAGAGCAGUACCCUGGGUUCAGAGGAUGUGAGGAUGUACGGGGAGGGGGGAGAAGGGUUUGUUGUGGUGGUUGGGGAGGGUUCUGAGGUUCAGGCCAAGCUGAAGGAGAUUGAGGCCAACCUGGUUCAGCAUCUGAGCUCAACAAAGCAGGCAAAGAUCAGAACCGUAUGUCGACUGGGACAGGCUAAGCUCCGCCUUCUUGGGGAAGUGAUAGAGAAGGAGUUAGGUGAGUUUGUGCCAGGGGUGAAGGUAACACGCGGUGACUCAUCUCAGUUGGUGCUGGAGGGCUCGGCAAAUGAAGUCUGGACAGCCAGGCAGUUGGUUACAGAGAAAACUUCUCUGGUGAUGGAGCGGGUAGUGUCUGGGGUGUCCCCCAACCUCCUGACUUUUCUGAAUGAGGCAUAUGGUAGGCCUGGGUCCCUGGGCAGCCUGCUGGGAUUUGGAAGCCAAGUACAGGUGGAUCUAGGGGUCACAGAGCUCCGGUUGUUCGCACUCUCCCCUGAGAAACUUGACCAGGCAGAGAAGGCUCUGCUGGGGGAGUUUGAGGAGGAGAUGAUUGACAUACUCAAUUGUGACUCCUUCCCACCAGAACUAAUGUCCAUCAUUGAGAAGAAGGUGAUGGAGUUGAACCAACACAGACGCAGGGUGGUGGCCAGGUAUGUCCCUGGUUGUCGAGUGCAGCUGCUGGGCCACGUUAAGGAGGUUCAGCAGCUGAGGGAUGAGAUCGAAGCCUAUCAGAUAGGCCAGUCCAGUGUUGACCAAACACUGCUUUUACCUUUCCCAGAGAUAGCGGAACACCUACCAGAACUGCUGGAGAGAUUAGGUGUGGACCACACUGGGGUGACACUCUACCCCUCAGCCUCGUCCGUCCGCCCCUCUGUGAUGCUCCGUGGACCCUCUGUUCGGGUGGCCCAGGUCAGGAACAACUUGGGCCCCACUCUGGCCUCCUUGGUCCGCCAAACCAUAACCAUCGACCAGCCUGGGGCAUUUCGCUACUUCCAGGGCCAGGGAACAGAGAAUCUGGUGUUAGUUGGCCGCUCUCAUCAAUGCCUUAUCCAGCUGGACAGCCAAGGUAGCACAGUUAGCAACGCAGGGGAGACGGUGGAAGGCGCCAGCUAUUGCCUUCAAGGUGGUCUGCAGGUUGUGGUGCGCCAGGGGGACAUCACCAAGGAAAAAGCGGAUGCGCUGGUAAAUGCUGCCAAUGGGGAUCUGGAUCACGGUGGAGGUGUGGCUGCGGCUCUGAGUCGGGCAGGGGGGCCUGAGGUACAGCAGGCAAGCAGGGAUCUGGUUAGGCAGGUUGGAAGAUUAGCUACAGGUCGUGUGGUUGAGACCACUGGAGGGAAGCUGCCUUGUAAAAUGCUGUUACAUGCAGUGGGACCAGUAGGGGGCAGCGGGAAUGAGCGCCCUCUACUGGAGAAGACAGUUAAAACAGCCCUCCAUCUGGCAGAGACCCUGCAGCUCCAGACCCUGGCCAUGCCCUGCAUCAGCUCAGGGAUAUUUGGGGUUCCUCUGAAGGUGUGCUCCGAGGCCAUAGUCUCUGCUGUGAGGGACUUUGGGAGGGAACAACGUGUCCUUACCAAGGUCACUCUGAUUGAUGUACGUACAGAGGUGGUGAGAGCCAUGCAGGAGGCCUGUGAUAGGCUGUUACUGGGGAGGGGGGAAUCAUCUGAGCGGGAUGGAGGGUCCAGGACCACAACUACCACCACAAAUACUUCUCAUGGGGACACUGAUACUUACACCAGGGGAGCAGUCGCUUCAGAGGCCUGUGUCCAGGUAGAGAUUGUCCAGGGAACCAUAGAGAAGCAGCAGGUGAAUGCGCUGGUUUCCCCCAUGGUUGGUAGUGACCCCCUUUCCUCUCGUGUGGGUAAUUUAUUGUCUGAGGCAGCUGGACCAGAGAUGAUGGCUGCUUUUCUCAGAGAAUCAGGGGGACAAAGUAUGCCUGGUGAAAAAAUCCUAGUGGAGGGACUGCCUGGUUUCAGCUCGGGGCGUGUAUUCUUCCUCAACUGUGCACCCUGGGACAACAACCCCCAAGGACCAGCAGUACAAGCUCUGGGGCGGGGUGUGAAGAGAAUUCUGACCUCUUGUGAAAACCAAGGCUUCCGCUCUGUUGCCUUCCCUGUGGUUGGAACCGGUGUUGUCCUUGGUUUUCCUCACCAAGUGGCAGCGCAGGUUCUGCUGGGAGCGAUCCAUGAGUAUGAGCAAACCCGGACCACCAGAACUCCAUUCCUAGUUCGCAUUGUCAUCCUUCCCAGUGACCGGGAGUCUGCAAUGGCUUUCCAGACAUCCCAGAGUAAUUUGAAUCUCAGAGGAUUUCAACUGAAGGCUAAUCCAGAUCAGGCCUCGUUCUAUCGCCACGUCUCGACCACUCAAGACGAGGUCUCUGUGAUGUUAGGUAGUGUCAAGCUACAGCUAAUCUUUGGCGACAUCAUUUCUAAUCUCUCUGAUGUCGUCAUCAACACCACAGACUUCUCUCCCAACCCGUCAGGUGUUUCCAAAGCUAUUCUGGUGGCAGCAGGGCCCACUGUCCAAGCAGAUUUAGCACAAGCGGGUAUGCCUGCAGACCUGAUGUGCAGCACACGACCAGGUCAACUGGCCUGCAAGGAGAUUAUACACGUCGCUUUCGAACACAACACAAAAAGGAUCCGCAAGGUUUGCAAGAACAUUCUGAAACUGUGUGAAAGGAAGGGCUACCAGUCUGCCACCUUCCCUGCAGUCAACACUGGGGCUGCUGGGUUGAAUGCCAGCUCUGUGUGUCAGGCCAUGUUGGAUGGCAUGGUGUCUGCUGUGAUGCGUCCAUCCUCCACGACCCUCACUGUCAUACGUAUCGUCAUGAUAAAAAGACCCAUCUUCGAGGCAUUCAGGUCUGAGCUGGAGAGCCGUCUGGGAACUGUCCCCCCAGUCUCCAAAAUGAAAGGGAUAGCGCGACAUAUACAGACGCUAACACAGAGCAUUGCCUCUUCUCUCUCCAUCAACCGGCCCUCGCAUGGCUUCCCUCCACCCCCCUCGGCCCCUCCGGGCCUGACCGUCGCCCCCUGGAUGCCUCCCCCAGCCGUGCUGAGCGUGGUGGGGCGUGACGCAGACGCCAUCGUCAGGGCCGGGCGGGAGCUCGAGUCGAUCCUGGGGGAACUGUUGACCCUGAGAGAGGUGAAGGGAGAGGACAUGUGGAUGCUGAACGAGGCGGAGCUGCAGGCCGUGCAGACGGAAGCCAAGUCCCUGGGAGUGAGCCUGGAGCUAAGGGAAGGGGGGUCAGAUGCCGGGGAGGUUUUCUACGUCUUCCGAGGCCUGAAGGAGGACGUUCUGAGCGUGCGCGAGUUGCUGGACAGUGCACUCAGCGGCGCCCUCCGUAGGCAGCUGAUUGAGAAAGAAGAGGCCCUGGUGGCCCAGGCUGUGCAGUGGUACAUGUGCCGUCGUCGAGACGUUUGGAUGAAGCUGGCGCGGCACGACAACUACGUUCUGGAGCAGGCCCACCUGAGAGGAGAUAUCUUUGCAGAGGUGGAGGGUAUGGAUGGUGGCAAGGUCCACGUGAACCUGAAGAACAACACUGCCACUGACAGGAACACAGGUCGCACCUACGAGAUGAAAAGAGAGGAGAACCGAGAAUUGCCACCAUACUGGGAUAAUAUGUCCACUGGUGAACUGCUGAAGAAAGUUCAGCUCUUACCCACCUCACCGGAGUAUCAGCAGGUGGCGAGUGGAUUCUUAAGUACCACGGGAAUGCAAUUCUCUAUCCUCAAAAUCGAGCGGGUGCAGAAUGUAUUUCUGUGGCAGGCGUACGCAGUGUGCUUGCAGCGCUUCCAGGCCAAGAAUGGAGUGGACCAGGUCGGGGAGAAGAUACUUUAUCAUGGGACAAAAGCAACAACCUGUGACGCCAUAGAAAAAAAUGGAUUUGACAGGAGCUAUGCUAGCAUGACAAGAUAUGGAGUUGGUGUGUAUUUUGCUGUAAAUGCAAGCUAUUCAGCCAAUCCCAGGUACACCCCCCCCGAUGGCGUUGGACACAGACGUAUGUACGUGGCUCGUGUCCUGACAGGGUACUAUACCGUGGGCAAUGAAACGAUGAGGCACACUCCUAAACGCUCCAGCACAGAGAACUACGACAGUUUAGUGGACAACCAGCAAACACCUAGCAUGUUUGUCACCUUCCACGAUGACCAGGCCUACCCAGAGUACCUGAUCACCUUCACAUGAUUUACACAAGACAUUAGCAUGUGAUUUCAUCUAGUGACUUAAGGUGGUGAGUUUAUACGUUUCAAUACUGGCUUCCUUUGGCAAAUGAACCCGCAACACUGGCUUGGUUUCACCAUUAACAAGGUUAUUUGGGAUCAUGCUCAUUUCUAUAGACCUUCAUAAUAUGAUUUAUAGGCUAGUGAAUAAGAAAAUUAAUUGCGGUGUCUUCUAUCUUUUAAUAAAAUAAUGUAUCUUUGUAA